AUGCACUUCGUCGCCACCCUCGCCGCCGUCGGCUCCGUCGCCUCGCUGGCCUCUGCCCGCGUCGGCUUCCAGUUCCCCGACACCGUCCCCCUCGCCAAGCGUCAGGUCACCGGUGCUGCCUAUGAGUGCCACGCCAACUGCGGCUACACCAUUCAGGACGCCGCCCAGGACGGCUACUGCGACACUGACAAGUGGAAGACUGAGUUCGCCGCCUGCAUGGACUGCGCCAACACGUACAACAUCUGGCGGUACUACGGCACCAAGGUCACCGACGCCGCCCAGAAGUGUGGCCUCACCGCCAACCCCAAGCCCUCCGGCGCCGCCAGCGGCGGUAGCAGCGCCUCUGCCUCGGCGCCCGCCGCCACCACGGGCACGCCCUCCGCUCCGGCCUCUUCCGCCCCGGCCGCUACCUCCUCCGCCCCGGCUGCUUCGUCCUCCGCCCCUGCCGCUUCGUCAUCCGCCCAGCCCUCCGCCCCCGGCCAGUCUUCCCAGCCGACCACCGCCGCCCAGACCUCCGCCGCUACCGGCUCCUCCUCCAAGGUCCAGUCGACCGCCGUCGCCACCACCGGCCGCCCUACCGCCAGCGCCGCUCCCACCUCUGGCAACAACACCACCAGCACCCGGGUCCAGGUCGGCGCGGCCAACCUCCAGCAGCCUGCCAUGCUCGCUGCCGGUGCCGUCGCCCUCUUUGCCGUCAACUUGAUCUAA